AUGUCUCAGCGCAACUACUUGAUUCAGGAGCUGAUCACGUGGAAGGACUACGUGAUCCAGAUCGUGGUUUGCAUCAACAAGGGCGGUGGAGCAUCCACAGGCAGUGGUUUCAGUGUUAGUGGUACUGCAGGUGGUGUUGGAGGAACAUCUCCUGGAGGUGGCAGUAAGAUCGCCGUCGAACCGACUGACGGGGAUAUCGAGCAACCGGUCAAGACGGAGAUGAAGGUGUUGACGGUGCCACCGAAUCUGCUAGAUCCGUUGGCCGAACAGAGUGUCGUUUUGGCGGGAUUACACAAGCAUACAGACAUGGCACGCAUCAUCUGGGACGUGCCAGUUGAACCUAAUGGAGCCAUACUGGCGUACCGCGUCACGUACCUGUUGAACGGCUCGCAGGCACUUAACUUCACGCAGGAGUUCCCACCAUGCGAUCGCACAUUCCGAGCUACACAGUUGCUCGCUGAGCGUUACUAUCUCUUCAGUGUGCAAUCGGAGCAGAUUACCUUCAGCUGGACACCAGGACGGGAUGGGUUCGCACCGUUACGCUAUUAUACGGUUCAGUGUCGCGAGAAUGAGGGCUCUUGGGCGCUUAUCCCGGAGCGUGUGGAUCCUGCGGUCACGGCAUAUACCGCAAGUGGCUUGAAACCGCAUACGCACUAUCAGUUCCGGAUACAGGCUACGAACGAUCUGGGGCCUUCUAGCUCUCACAAGGGUGAAAUUGACUUAUCACACCGAGGUUCACCGUCCGAUCUGAGCAACGUCGUGAAGCAGCCAUAGGAAGCAUUAUCUGGCCCACCAAGGGGGUUCGUCGGUUCAGCUCGAUCGUCCACCGAAAUCAUUAUCCAGUGGAAACCAUCGCUCGAGGAGCUCCGAAAUGGGCAGAUUCGUUGCCGGUUGUUCGGAUACAAUGCGAGUCCCUGUAAUUAUCGUUAUAUCACAAACGAAGCUCAGCGCAACUACUUGAUUCAGGAGCUGAUCACGUGGAAGGACUACGUGAUCCAGAUCGUGGUUUGCAUCAACAAGGGCGGUGGAGCAUCCACAGGCAGUGGUUUCAGUGUUAGUGGUACUGCUGGUGGUGUUGGAGGAACAUCUCCUGGAGGUGGCAGUAAGAUCGCCGUCGAAAUGACUGACGGGGAUAUCGAGCAACCGGUCAAGACGGAGAUGAAGGUGUUGACGGUGCCACCGAAUCUACUAGAUCCGUUCGCCGAACAGAGUGUCGUUUUGGCGGGAUUACACAAGCAUACAGACAUGGCACGCAUCAUCUGGGACGUGCCAGAUGAACCUAAUGGAGCCAUACUGGCGUACCGCGUCACGUACCUGUUGAACGGCUCUGUGACGGCUCAGACGCGGCUAGGUUGGGGCAAGACCUCAGUGGCACUGGUGUACACCACCAACAACAGGCAGAUCCCACAGGCGCCUUCAGCACCGCAGAUCUCACGCUCGCAGGUGCAAUCGGAGCAGAUUACCUUCAGCUGGACACCAGGACGGGAUGGGUUCGCACCGUUACGCUAUUAUACGGUUCAGUGCCGCGAGAAUGAGGGCUCUUGGGCGCUUAUCCCGGAGCGUGUGGAUCCUGCGGUCACGGCAUAUACCGCAAGUGGCUUGAAACCGCAUACGCACUAUCAGUUCCGGAUACAGGCUACGAACGAUCUGGGGCCUUCUAGCUCUCACAAGGGUGAAAUUGACUUAUCACACAUUUCGGACAUCAACAUAAGUGACAUGAGUGAUAGCGAAAACGAUGCUAACCAACAGCAAUUGUUAGAAUUUGCACGGCUCGAUGCUCCUCAGCGCAACUACUUGAUUCAGGAGCUGAUCACGUGGAAGGACUACGUGAUCCAGAUCGUGGUUUGCAUCAACAAGGGCGGUGGAGCAUCCACAGGCAGUGGUUUCAGUGUUAGUGGUACUGCAGGUGGUGUUGGAGGAACAUCUCCUGGAGGUGGCAGUAAGAUCGCCGUCGAACCGACUGACGGGGAUAUCGAGCAACCGGUCAAGACGGAGAUGAAGGUGUUGACGGUGCCACCGAAUCUGCUAGAUCCAGUACAUGAGGCGGUACCUUCAAUGGACCCGGUUGUGGUUGAAACCAACGCGACUUUGUCGACGACGAUCGUGGUCCGGUGCACUGAGGUGCCAAAGGUACAUCAGAAUGGUAACUACACCUUCACCGCGACGUUGACUGAGUUGAAAAAGUACGUGCAGUACGACAUCCAGGUGUUGGCGUACACGCGCCUUGGUGAUGGCGCUCUCAGUACACCGCCCGUGCGCAUUCAGACGUUUGAGGACACACCGGGUGCACCGUCGAAUGUGUCCUUCCCGGAUGUGUCCUUCAGCAUGGCACGCAUCAUCUGGGACGUGCCAGAUGAACCUAAUGGAGCCAUACUGGCGUACCGCGUCACGUACCUGUUGAACGGCUCGCAGGCACUUAACUUCACGCAGGAGUUCCCACCAUCCGAUCGCACAUUCCGAGCUACACAGUUGCUCGCUGAGCGUUACUAUCUCUUCAGUGUGACGGCUCAGACGCGGCUAGGUUGGGGCAAGACCGCAGUGGCACUGGUGUACACCACCAACAACAGGCAGAUCCCACAGGCGCCUUCAGCACCGCAGAUCUCACGCUCGCAGGUGCAAUCGGAGCAGAUUACCUUCAGCUGGACACCAGGACGGGAUGGGUUCGCACCGUUACGCUAUUAUACGGUUCAGUGCCGCGAGAAUGAGGGCUCUUGGGCGCUUAUCCCGGAGCGUGUGGAUCCUGCGGUCACGGCAUAUACCGCAAGUGGUUUGAAACCGCAUACGCACUAUCAGUUCCGGAUACAGGCUACGAACGAUCUGGGGCCUUCUAGCUCUCACAAGGGUGAAAUUGACUUAUCACACAUUUCGGACAUCAACAUAAGUGACAUGAGUGAUAGCGAAAACGAUGCUAACCAACAGCAAUUGUUAGAAUUUGCACGGCUCGAUGCUCCAUUAUCUGGCCCACCAAGGGGGUUCGUCGGUUCAGCUCGAUCGUCCACCGAAAUCAUUAUUCAGUGGAAACCAUCGCUCGAGGAGCUCCGAAAUGGGCAGAUUCUUGUUGCCGCUCAGCGCAACUACUUGAUUCAGGAGCUGAUCACGUGGAAGGACUACGUGAUCCAGAUCGUGGUUUACAACAACAUUGGCAGUGGAGCAUCCACAGGCAGUGGUCUCAGUGUUAGUGGUACUGCUGGUGGUGUUGGAGGAACAUCUCCUGGAGGUGGCAGUAAGAUCGCCGUCGAAAUGACUGACGGGGAUAUCGAGCAACCGGUCAAGACGGAGAUGAAGGUGUUGACGGUGCCACCGAAUCUACUAGAUCCGUUCGCCGAACAGAGUGUCGUUUUGGCGGGAUUACACAAGCAUACAGACAUGGCACGCAUCAUCUGGGACGUGCCAGAUGAACCUAAUGGAGCCAUACUGGCGUACCGCGUCACGUACCUGUUGAACGGCUCGCAGGCACUUAACUUCACGCAGGAGUUCCCACCAUGCGAUCGCACAUUCCGAGCUACACAGUUGCUCGCUGAGCGUUACUAUCUCUUCAGUGUGACGGCUCAGACGCGGCUAGGUUGGGGCAAGACCGCAGUGGCACUGGUGUACACCACCAACAACAGGCAGAUCCCACAGGCGCCUUCAGCACCGCAGAUCUCACGCUCGCAGGUGCAAUCGGAGCAGAUUACCUUCAGCUGGACACCAGGACGGGAUGGGUUCGCACCGUUACGCUAUUAUACGGUUCAGUGCCGCGAGAAUGAGGGCUCUUGGGCGCUUAUCCCGGAGCGUGUGGAUCCUGCGGUCACGGCAUAUACCGCAAGUGGCUUGAAACCGCAUACGCACUAUCAGUUCCGGAUACAGGCUACGAACGAUCUGGGGCCUUCUAGCUCUCACAAGGGUGAAAUUGACUUAUCACACAUUUCGGACAUCAACAUGAGUCAUAGCCAAAACUAUGCUUACCCACAGCAAUUGUUAGAAUUUGCACGGCUCGAUGCUCCAUUAUCUGGCCCACCAAGGGGGUUCGUCGGUUCAGCUCGAUCGUCCACCGAAAUCAUUAUCCAGUGGAAACCAUCGCUCGAGGAGCUCCGAAAUGGGCAGAUUCUUGUUGCCGCUCAGCGCAACUACUUGAUUCAGGAGCUGAUCACGUGGAAGGACUACGUGAUCCAGAUCGUGGUUUACAACAACAUGGGCGGUGGAGCAUCCACAGGCAGUGGUCUCAGUGUUAGUGGUACUGCUGGUGGUGUUGGAGGAACAUCUCCUGGAGGUGGCAGUAAGAUCGCCGUCGAACCGACUGACGGGGAUAUCGAGCAACCGGUCAAGACGGAGAUGAAGGUGUUGACGGUGCCACCGAAUCUGCUAGAUCCAGUACAUGAGGCGGUACCUUCAAUGGGCCCGGUUGUGGUUGAAACCAACGCGACUUUGUCGACGACGAUCGUGGUCCGGUGGACUGAGGUACAAAAGAUACAUCAGAAUGGCAACUACACCUUCACCGCGACGUUGACUGAGCUGAAAAAGUACGUGCAGUACGACAUCCAGGUGUUGGCGUACACGCGCCUUGGUAAUGGCGCUCUCAGUACACCGCCCGUGCGCAUUUAG